UUUUAUUUUCUAUUUUUAUCCAAAAAUUCUAUCUUUCUCUGUUUCUCUUUCACGUGAUUGAAUGUAUUCUUUUGUUUUGUUAUGUGGUAGACAUUGCUUAAAUCUUUGGAACUCUUUUUUGCUUUAUAAAUAUCUGCUCACAUUACUCUCUUCUUCCAACUCAUACUGUUUUUUUUAGUCUUUGAUUUCAUUCUCUUCUUCGAUUCUGUUUUUGGGAUCUUUUGGGUUUCGGGUUUUGAACGAUCUCUCUCUCUUUUGAUAAGACUUUUUGCUUUUCAUUUUUUAAGACAAAAAAGAGAAUGGAUACGAUGAAGAAGUCUGGUCUCAUCAUAAAAAUUGCUCUUUUAUACACAAGCUUUGUUCUUGUUUGUGUUGCGAAAGAGUGUACGAACACUCCUACGCAGCUCGCUUCGCAUACUUUCCGUUACGACCUUCUCCAAUCAAAGAACGAAACUUUGAAGACAGAGUUGUUCUCUCAUUACCAUUUAACACCAACUGAUGACGCUGCUUGGUCUAGUUUGUUGCCUAGGAAGAUGUUGAGAGAAGAGGAAGACGAGUUUGGUUGGACUAUGUUGUAUAGGAAGUUCAAGGACUCUAAUUCAUCUGGUAACUUCCUCAAGGAUGUCUCUUUGCACGAUGUUAGGCUGGACCCGGAAUCCUUUCAUUGGAGGGCUCAGCAGACUAACCUUGAGUAUCUAUUGAUGUUGGAUGUUGAUGGUUUGGCCUGGAGCUUCCGUAAAGAAGCUGGUCUUGAUGCUCCAGGAAAUUACUAUGGAGGAUGGGAGAGACCAGACAGUGAACUCCGUGGCCAUUUUGUCGGUCAUUAUUUGAGUGCAACAGCUUAUAUGUGGGCUAGUACUCAUAAUGAUACUCUCAAGGCCAAAAUGUCAGCUCUCGUCUCAGCUCUAUCCGAAUGUCAGCAGAAAGUUGGCACAGGAUAUCUCUCUGCUUUCCCUUCCAGUUUUUUCGACCGGUUUGAAGCUAUAAAACCUGUUUGGGCUCCUUACUACACCAUUCACAAGAUAUUAGCUGGUCUGGUGGAUCAAUACAAGUUGGCUGGGAACAGUCAAGCUUUAAAAAUGGCAACAGGGAUGGCUGAUUACUUUUAUGUCCGGGUUCGUAAUGUGAUAAGGAACUACAGCGUGGAACGACAUUGGCUAUCACUAAACGAAGAGACUGGUGGCAUGAAUGAUGUUCUCUAUCAGCUAUACAGCAUCACUGGAGAUUCCAAGUACUUGCUGCUCGCACAUCUCUUUGAUAAGCCUUGCUUUCUCGGAGUCCUUGCAAUUCAGGCCGAUGAUAUUAGUGGAUUCCACUCUAACACACAUAUUCCCAUCGUCAUUGGAUCCCAACAACGGUAUGAAAUCACUGGUGAUCCACUCCAUAAGGAAAUCUCCAUGUUCUUUAUGGACAUUGUUAAUGCUUCUCACAGCUAUGCAACUGGAGGAACAUCAGUCACUGAGUUCUGGCAAGAUCCAAAGAGAAUGGCGACUACACUGCAAAAUGAAAACGAAGAAUCAUGUACCACUUAUAACAUGCUCAAGGUCUCUAGGAAUCUGUUCCGAUGGACAAAAGAGGUUAGCUAUGCCGACUAUUACGAGCGCGCUUUGACCAACGGUGUGCUCGGAAUUCAAAGAGGAACCCAGCCUGGACUGAUGAUCUACAUGCUCCCAUUGGGUAAAGGUGUUUCUAAGGCUGUAACUUAUCACGGUUGGGGAACGCCGUAUGAUGCCUUCUGGUGUUGCUAUGGCACUGGGAUUGAAUCUUUCUCAAAACUGGGAGAUUCCAUUUAUUUUCAAGAAGAUGGUGAAUCUCCAGCUCUUUAUGUCACACAAUAUAUAUCAAGCUUACUUGAUUGGAAAUCUUCUGGUCUUUUGCUAUCUCAGAAAGUUAAACCCGUUGUGUCAUGGGAUCCGUACAUGCGUGUGACAUUCUCUUUCUCUUCUUCCAAAGGGGGAAUGGGAAAAGAGACAACUUUGAAUCUAAGGAUUCCUGUUUGGACAAACUCUGUAGGUGCCAAAGUAUCUUUGAAUGGCCAAUCCUUGAAAGUACCAGCUUCAGGUAAUUUCUUAUCAAUCAAACAGAACUGGAAAUCCGGCGAUCAAUUGACGAUGGAGCUACCGUUGAGUAUCAGAACUGAAGCUAUUAAAGAUGACCGGCAGGAGUACUCGUCUCUUCAUGCCAUACUCUAUGGCCCCUACCUGUUAGCUGGGCACACGAGCAGGGACUGGAGCAUCACAACUCAGGGUAAAGCUGGAAAAUGGAUCAACCCUAUACCUGAAACUCAUAACAGUCACCUUGUCACAUUCUCACAACAAUCUGGGAACAUAUCUUACGUGUUGUCAAAUAGCAACCAAACCAUCACAAUGACAGUAUCACCCGAGUCAGGAACACAAGACGCAGUUGCGGCGACAUUCAGGCUCAUGACUGAUGAUUCUAAACCACGGAUUUCAGGUCCAGAGGAACUAAUUGGAAGCCUGGUCAUGAUAGAACCGUUUGAUUUCCCUGGCAUGGUUGUAACACAAGCAACUGAUAGCUCUCUCACGGUUAAAGAUUCUUCUGCUACUGCCAAAGAAGCUUCUUACUUUCGGUUAAUACCUGGAAUUGACGGGAAGCCAGGAAGCGUGUCGUUAAGACUAGAGAGCAAAAAGGGUUGUUAUGUGUACAGCGAUCAGACCGUAAAGCCGGGAAUGAAACUGAGGCUUGUAUGUGAUUCGGAUGUGACUGAUGAGAAGUUUAAAGAGGCAGCAAGCUUUAGUAUAAAGACAGGGACGCAUCAAUACAACCCAAUGAGUUUCGUGAUGAGCGGAACACAGAGGAACUUUGUGUUAUCCCCACUAUUCAGCUUAAGAGACGAAUUAUACAAUGUGUACUUCAGUGUGCAAACUUAAAAGAAAGAAAACAGUUAAAAACUCCAUUAGUACAAUGGGAGAAAAAUAAGAAAAAGAAAAAAAAAGGUCUCCUGGAAAUGUAUUUAGAUGCUUAGCCUCUUUAGGUGGUUUGUGACAUUGUAUUUGCAGUUUCAUCUUAAAAAAAUAUUUGUUGCAGUUACAAUAAAUAUAUAGACAACAGUGUUUUUAUAAAUUGUA